GUUAUAAAUAGUGUGUGAACUUUAGCGGUUGCAAGGCAUGCAAUAGUAAGCGCGCGGGGUUAAAGGCGCGCCGCGUGCCGAGUUGCUGAGGGCUGAGCGAGCUCUUUUGUGGCGACGAAGCAGAUGCGGAAACAGCACUAAGAAGGGAGAUGCGGUGGUGAUGGCCAGCCUCGCUGCUGCGGGUCCUCGCCUCCGUCCCGGGAGAUGACCGCACCCGCCGCAGCACGCCAUGGCGCCGCAUGCGCACGAUUGCGAAGAGGUGGAACACCUGAAUGGCGAAGACUUUCAGGAGGAUCCGGUGCACCAGGGCCGGCGCAUCCAGCCCGAGGGUCCGCCGGCCGCGCGCGCCUGGGUCGAACACGAGCAGCCGGAGCGCGGCAGCGACAGCCGCACUAGCAGCCCCGGCGAGAACCGGCGCCUACUGAGCCCCGCGCCCCCGCCUCCCGUCGCCAUCCCCCGCCAUCAGGCCGGACUCGCCCUCGGUGUCUGGGCCGUGUCCAAAGACAGCAAAAAGAAAUCGCAAGAGAAAAAGACAAAAUGCCAACUCGUGAACAAUGUGAAGAAAACGAAAACAAAGUUCCAGAAGAGGAAAGAGAAGCUGAUCGCAGUUUUGAAGCCUCCGUACUUCAUACUCACCAUGAUUAUUACCAUAAUCUGUGUGCAUGUGUGGGGCACAGAGGACAUGCGCGCGCAGCUGGAGUGGGCGCCGGGCGCGUGGUGGCGCGCGCCCUGGCGGCUGCUAACCUACAGUUGCGUGCACGCCACCAACGCACACCUCGCCCUCAACGCGCUCGUCGCCCUCGCGGUGGGGUGGCGGCUGGAGCGCGAGCAGGGCUGGGCGCGCGCGGCGGGCGUGUGGUGGGGCGGCGUGGCUGCGGGCGCGUUGGGCGCGGGCGCGCUGCAGCCGCACGUGCGCGUCGUGGGCGCCUCCGCCGCCGUCUAUGCGCUGCUCACCGCGCACCUGCCCAACGUCUGCCUCAGAUUCGGUCACGUGCCGUUGUGGUGGUUCCGGCCGCUGAGCGUGGCGGUGCUGGGUGCGUCGGAGGCGAGCUGGGCGCUGCUGCGGGCGCCGCCCACGCCCGCCACCGCGGCGACCUACAGCCACGUGGCGUGGGCCGCGCACGCGCUCGGCGCUGCCGCCGGCCUGCCGCUCGGUUUCCUCAUCUUUGACGGUGAAAAUUCAAAAGAGCGGUACAUGGUGGGCGCGCGCGUGGUGUCCGGGCUGGCGCUGGCGGGCGGGCUGGCGGCGGCCGCGCUGCACCCCGCGCUCUGGCACGACCACACCUAGCUCGCGUGAGCCUCGCACCCUCGGGGACACUCGCCCGAUACUAUCACAUGAACGUGAUUAGGAUCAAUUAAACUGAAUGCGAUUGCUUUCAAGACUGAUAUUUCUAAAGUGCAAUUGGCUCUGUCCGUCCGAAAUUAUCUUAACUAGACGUAAUGUAUAUUUAAACGUCCUCGUCUAGUGUUAGCAAGUAUAGCAGUCAAAUAGCAAAUCAUAAGUCACUCAAGUCAUCUCAAACUGUUGAGAAGAGUCGAUUUUAACACUGAAACAUGCCGUGGCUUUCACAAAAUAGAUUGUCAUCAUGAGAUAUUUUUUUGGUAUGGCUAAAACAGUAUGUAGCGUGUUGUCCUCGAAACUUUGCCAUAAAAAUGACACAACGCAAUAGACACUUUUGUGACAUUCUUUAAUAUAUCUGGUUCGAGCACAAUGGCUCACCCUAAAGAUCACGUUGAUGACAAAUCAAUUGUAACAAGUAUUUUUAAAACAAAAAAAAUCAACGUAUUAAUUCGACGCACAUAAAAACUGUGCGAAUAACAUAUGUCAAGUUUGUGAGUUGUACAACUUGCUGUCAAAUAUACGUAUGUACGUUACUAUAGAGUACAAAAGUGAGAGAACAUUAGGUAAUUAGUGGCCAGUUAGGUGUUCAUUGUUUUGUGUCUGUUGUAAAAAUGUACUAUAAUUUGUAAUAUAUACAAAAGAUGAUAGCGUAGUAAGUUAAUGUACGUUAUACGACUACAAUACUAACUGAACCUCAUUUUAUACUUAUCCUAGUUAGUAUGUGAGUGUUGUUUACACAAACUAUUUUAUACUACGAUUUUCUUAUACGAUUUUAGGAAUAACAACAAAAUUUUAACAUAUAACAUUGUUGAUGGUAAAUUAUAUAUUUACGGACUAUUUCCAAAGGUAAUUUGGUAAAUCGGUGCAUAUCCGUUGCGAAAACUUUAUAAGUAAGUACUCAUUCUUUGUUAAGAGCAAAUAAUGUAUUUUGACGUGAAAUAAAUGCUAGCAAGGGAACCAGGAUAUCUGGUUGGCUGAUAUCUGGCACGAUACGUUGCAACUCACUUUGUGUCAGACGUAAAUGAAUAUUUGCAAGGCUUAUUUCAAGGUAUGAGUAAAUAUAUCAAAGGUGCAUUCAAACUAUUAAUUAAGAUUAAAUUAGUUAUUGUGAUUUCUAUGAAAUCGUUCCAUCUUUGUUUUGUAUCAAAACAUAAAAUCUAAGUCAACUAAGUUACGUUUUCAAUUAAGUCUAGUUAGUAAGGUUUGACAAUGUUAAUUUAUUUUUAUUAUUACAUAUUUAAGUGUUGGUUAAAAUUUUGACGGACGCCAUCAAAAUUGGGUGCUAAAUUAUAAGCUAAAAACCUUAUGUUUUGAAAAGCUUUGGACCAAGCUUUGCUUAAAUGUAAAGGUAUUUUUACUUUGUUUGUACAUAGUGGUAGAAGAUAUCGCCUUAAAGCAUACAUACCUUUUCAAAAACUGUAUUAAUACAAAGAAACAUUAAUUUUCUACGUAAAUUCCAAAGUUAACUCAUGGUCCAGAGUCAGCAAACUAUUUGCUUUUUUAUUUUUAUUUGUAGAGACACCAAAGAUAUUGUUUUAUCUAGUCGAUGUAGAUUUUGUAUUUAUAAUUUAAUGGACAUAUCUAUAUAACUUAAUUUUGCGUAAAACAAUCUGUUGUUAUCUGUUUUGAAUAAAUUCCAUUCAAGAAAAUAACCAAACCUUAAUAAAAAAAAAUCAAGAAACCCGACUGAUUGAGGUUCGAAUAAAUAAGAUAUUUGCUGCUCUUAAAGCCAACAUUUUU